AUGGCGGCGGAGGGAGGAGGGAAGGAGAUGAACGAAAUUAAAACUCAGUUCACCACAAGAGAAGGCGUCUACAAACUCCUCACUCACUCCGAAUACAGCCGCCCGAACAGGGUGCCUUUUAACUCACAGGGCUCCAACCCGGUCAAGGUCUCCUUCGUCAAUGUAAAUGACCAGUCCGGCAACGGCGACAGGAUCUGUUUCAAUGUGGGCCGGGAACUGUACUUUUAUAUCUACAAAGGCGUGAGAAAGGCUGCAGAUCUCAGCAAGCCCAUAGACAAGAGGAUAUACAAAGGAACGCAGCCCACGUGUCAUGACUUCAACCCCCUCACAGCAACAGCAGAGAGCGUCUCCCUGCUGGUGGGCUUCUCCGCAGGCCAGGUGCAACUCAUAGACCCCAUCAAGAAGGAAACCAGCAAACUCUUCAAUGAAGAGAGACUUAUUGACAAGUCGAGGGUCACGUGUGUGCGAUGGGUCCCUGGUUCAGAGAGUCUGUUUCUUGUGGCUCACUCCAGUGGCAGCCUGUAUUUAUACAAUGUGGAAAACACCUGUGGGACCACAGCACCUCACUACCAGCUGCUUAAGCAGGGUGAGAACUACGCCGUGCACACCUGCAAGAGCAAGUCAGCCCGCAACCCAUUGCUGCGCUGGACGGUGGGCGAAGGAGCGCUCAACGAGUUUGCCUUCUCUCCGGACGGAAAGUUCUUGGCUUGUGCGAGCCAGGAUGGCUUCCUUCGAGUGUUUGGCUUUGACGCCGCAGAGCUCCAUGGGACAAUGAAGAGCUACUUUGGUGGCUUGCUGUGUGUUUGCUGGAGCCCGGACGGCCGCUACAUUGUGGCCGGAGGGGAGGACGACCUGGUGACCGUUUGGUCGUUUCUGGACUGCAGAGUGAUCGCCCGGGGGCAUGGUCACAAGUCAUGGGUGAGUGUUGUGGCGUUUGACCACUGCACCACCAGUAUCGAGGAUGGUGACCCACCAGCUGAGUUCAGUGGUAGUGAUGAGGACUUUCAUGAGCAGAUUCACUUCGGGACAGGCAGGGAAAGAGCUAACAGCUCUCACUCUCGGCUCUCUAAAAGAAACUCUACAGACAGUAGGCCAGUCACUGUGACCUACAGAUUUGGCUCAGUGGGACAGGAUACGCAGCUCUGUUUGUGGGAUCUUACAGAGGACAUUCUCUUCCCUCACCUUCCUUUGUCACGCACUAGGACGCACACUAAUGUUAUGAGUGCCACAAGCCCUCCAGCCACUGGACAAACUACUACUACUACUGUUUCCAUCACCGCCACCAACACCAGUGGCACCAAAGACAGUGUGAGCAAUAGUAGCACCAGUGGCAACGCAGUUAACUCCCUCCCCGCCACCCUACCUCGGUCCAAUAGCUUGCCUCACUCCUCCAACCCAGCGGGGGGCGGCACCCCCAACAGCCACACAGGAAGCAGCGGCAGCACCAAGACCAACAGCAUCAUCGACAGCGCGUUCAUCGCCUCCAGCGUCGGCAAGUUUGCCACGCUGUCUUUACACGACUCGCGCAAGGACCGCCACGAGAAGGACCACAAGCGAAACCACAGCAUGGGCCACAUCAGCAGCAAGAGCAGCGACAAGCUCAAUCAGCUCAGCUCCUCGCGGACGGCAAAGGCAGAGGCAGCAAAGACUCUGGGCACGACGCUGUGCCCGCGCAUGGAGGAAGUGCCGCUGCUGGAGCCGCUGGUGUGCAAGAAGAUCGCGCACGAAAGACUCACUGUGUUAAUCUUCCUUGAGGACUGUCUGGUUACAGCCUGUCAGGAGGGUUUCGUUUGCACAUGGGCUCGGCCUGGGAAAGUGGGAUUGCUAUCAUCUCAGAACAACCCAGCCAGCUCCCCCAGUGGAACAGUAGUAUAGCCCUGGUGCUGGCGCUGCUAAUGACAGCCCCAUGCAGCAGAGACGGGGAUGACCAAGGCCAAGGUCCUAAAGCACUUCUCCACACGCUGUCAGGAAAAACACAACCUCCGUGUCACCGUUGCACUCAUCGCUACAGUCACUCAGAUCCCGUCUUUGUCUGACUGCUAGUUUUCAAAAACCCCGGGUUCGGCCCAGCAGGGAUUUUGAAAAGCUGCUAGUGGAAGCAAGAUGACGAGCUUUAAAUAAUCCAGGAAACCUCUCAUUGCUCAGCAGUGCAUCUUUGGUCAUAUCAGAUCAUGUCUAGUCUGAAAAUAACUAAUCCCCAAUAUCUCGUGCCUGUAGAUCCUCAGAGACCAGACACAGAGUAGAGAUGGUGCCUCAGUCUAACCUUGCACGUCUAAUACAUUCACAGAUAAAGGGAGUAAGAUGAGGGAGUGUUUUGGAGUGGAAGCAAAACUCCAAAAUAUCUGUCUUUUUUUUGUUCUCCCCCCCCCCCCCCCCCCCACUUCAUGGGUAAUUCCACACGAGAGCCCCAGCUCUCAUUCGCGAUUCAAAAGAAACAUUCGGGAAUUGUCAGACGUAAGAGUGAAUUUUGCACAGUUCCUUUCUUUCUUUUUUUAAAAUCCCAUUUUGAAUUCAUGACUGUGGAACACGAGGUAAACAUUCUGACGUCAGCUUUGGAAGCACUUGUCGGGGGAGGGAGGAGGCUCCUAACUGCUCUCUGUCUCAACGCUGGAUGCUGCAAUCAUAGUUUUUUAUAUGAAAAUUGUUUGCACUUAAAAAAGUUUAUUAGAGGAGAAUGGCUUUACAUUGGAGUGUGUCAGGACUCCUUGACAAAGUGUGUGUGUGUGUGUGUAUAAAAUAGAAAAAAAAAACCUUUGUAUCUAUUGAACAUUUAUUUUAAUAUUGUUUCAGAUUAAAUGGGCUCUGUAAUAUUUGUAAAUACUGUACUUCAAUGAUUUAUGGGUGAAAUUAUCACUAUUACGGUAGUUCAAAGAUCCUGGUUUCAGAAAAUAGUGAUAUUUCUAAUACAGAAAAUCUAAAAUUAAAAUGAAUCUUGAAUAUGCAGGCGGAUACGUUUCUUUUCUGUACAUACAGAGAAUUCAGGUGUAUUUUUCUUAACAAAUCAUUUGCUAUUUGAAUUCCUCUCGGCUAACAGGUAUCGCUGAAAGCCAGUUGGCCUGUGGCCGCAUGUCUCCUUUUUCAGUGCAGGCGGGUACAGUGGUCUAAUUCAGCCAUCACUCCGAGCUCAGGUAAACCAGAAAAGGCUGACGUAGGCCCCCGCCCCGUAAAAUCAGCACCGUGAAUCCACCUUAAACGCAUCCGACUGGACCGGCAGGGUUGAACCCUUCUGACUCUCAAACUUGUGAACAAACUUUUUGACACUGUGUUGGACUGCAGCACCCGGCGGCGGCGCUGGGGGUGAAGGUGUUUACCAAGGACUGAGGAUUUUAACAGUGGGAGCCUUUUUCCUUCAUGUGACGCCUAUUAAAACACCUUUGACAGAA